AUGAAUCAAAGCACAGGUCUAACUAGCCCACUGGUGGUACCAAACUCUGGUCGCUGGAUUGGAAAUGACGGAAGUUGGUCAUCAUUUCUGGUGCAAGUCGGCAAGCCCCCGCAGUUUUUCCACGACUGCGAGCCCCAACGCAUGAACAUCACUGAUUGUGGUACAAAGCGCGGUAUAGAAGUCUUUGAUUCGAAACCGAGUCCUGGGUUCCAAAGAAACAGGUCGUCGACAUGGAAGGAGGUGGGAGUUUAUCGAAUGGGUCUCGGAGCCAACCUUGGACUCACCAGUACCGCGUACUACGGAUAUGACAACAUUCGCUUUGGAUCUAAUUCAGACCAGAAUGCCACCCAAUCAGAAAGAUCAGCUGUGGCUGCAUAUGCGACUCCGGAGUUUUGGGUCGGCCAGCUGGGGCUGAGUCCCAGUUCAGUCUUCCUGAAUGAAACCAAUCAAGCGCCUUCGUUCUUGAAGAUGCUGAAAGACGAAGGAAAGAUCCCAAGUCUGAGCUUUGAAUAUCAAGCGGGCUCCCCCAAUCGCUUGACGAGAGUCGCUGAUAGCCUGGUACUUGGAGGAUACGACCGUUCGCGCCAGACGAACAUGACGCUUCUCGUACCUCUUAAUCCAGAUGCUGUCGUCGGUAUGCAGUCCAUAAGUAUACAAUCUAUCAACGGCCCGACAACGAACAUCCCCGGCAACGGCAUCAAAGCAACUAUUGACACCAACACUCCAGAUGUGUGGCUGCCGACUGAAGUGUGUGAUACGUUUGCCUCAGCACUCGGACUCACUUACUUCCAGGAAGCAGACCGCUACAUUUUUAACGAUACCGCACGGUCUGCAAUUCAAUCACUCUCACCCACCUUUCGUUUUGUCAUUGGUACCUCGACGGCCGGAGGUGCCACAGUCACCAUCGAGAUACCAUAUGGAGCUUUCGAUCUCCAAGCCACAUAUCCUAUAUUCGCUACUCCGACAUACUACUUCCCACUCAGACGAGCUGCAAAUGAGAGCCAAUUGACAUUUGGCAGAGCAUUUCUGCCGGAAGUGUACCCGAGUGUUGAUUGGGAGCGAAAUGCAUUCAAUAUCAGUCAGGCACUUUUCAAUAGCCCGCCACUCCCACGAGAUCUCAUUACCAUCAAGCCAAUCGACGCACUUAGUGAAGUGUUUCCCCAGCCUUACGAGCGAGCCGGCGGCUCAUCACUCUCUAUCGGGGCAAUUGUGGGCAUAGUUAUAGGCUCUCUUGGCAUACUCCUCACUCUUGCUGUUCUCUGGUGGAGUACCAUGCAGACAGAGUCCGAACCACCGCACACUCUUUCAACAGAUGGAAAGGAAGUUGCACAACUAUCAAGGACCAGAACAGCCCUUGAGCUUGAGGGCCGGGCUGUGAAGGAGCUGUACACGCCAUUUGGACACUACGGCUACACGGAAAAUAAACACUCAUGA